GGCAGGACACAUGCUCUAAUCAAUUAAAAUAAUCGGCUAAUUGAUUAGAUAUUAUCAGUUAAUCAAUUAGUGUGACGCUAAUCAACUAACGGUUCCCACCUUCUAUCAUUAUCUUGGUCUGAUGGAGAAAUGUCAAAAAACACAAAACAAAAACUUUUUUUCCCGCAGAAGCCACAAAAGUUCCGUCGGCUGGUGAGCCGACUUGCCCAGAAGUUCGAGGACCAACCGAAAAAACGCGUCAUUACGGAUUCAAACGGAUUCACCGGACAGAUUCCUCGGGCAGCGGUGGAUUGUCGUCGGUGUUUGGUGCGGCGAAUCCUAGCCGACCGACGGAGGAACCAGUCCAUUUUCGCAUCUCAGUGGAAUCGCGAAACCUACGAAUAGGACGGCGGCCACGACGCCACGCAGGGAGCCAGCAUCUUUGCUACGACCGACUCGAGCAAGAUGAACUUUUCCAGGGUUGGAAGCCCGCCAAUGAAAAGCACAGUAGACUCCGGCGGCAAGAACACCGGGGAUGAGAAAAAUGCAGUUAACGUGAAGGCGCUCAAUGUGGCCGUGGUCGCUGGGAUUUCGGGGAAGUUCAAGGAGAAUCCGAUCUUCAAGAAUUACGAAUAGUAUCUUUUUAAGUUCGAGACCAAGCAGAGUAGCAUGAAAAUGGACACAAAGGAGUCAACGGCCGCAUAGCCGGCCACCAGCGGCUUCAUGUUUGGAAGCGCCAGCGACGACAACAAACACGGCCGCGGCACCGUCUCCAGCGGCAGCCAAACCAUUCAACUCGACAAGUUCCACGGUUUGGCUCGACAAGUUCCACGCCCGGAAUGGGCUUCAGCUUCGCCAAAGUGGCCAAACCCACCAAGGACAGCAAGCCGGACGAAAAGGCCACCGCUGAUGACGACGAGGACGAAUCGUCCAAGGUUGAGUUCACGCCGAUCAAGGAAAAGGACAGCAUCUUCUCCAAGCGGUGCAAACUGUUCGUCAAAACCGACGGCAACUACUCGGACAGUGGCAUCGGAACGCUGCACAUCAAAAAAGUGGACGUGAAGAUGCAGGUCCUGGUGCGGGCCGACACCAGCAUCGGCCAGAUUCUGCUCAACAUCAUCCUUAACGAGGUGGUGCCGGUGCAGGGAGACGAAGCCACCACCGACGUCGGUGCUGCUGCGGGUAAAGACCCGCAAGGAGGCCGACGAGCUAUAUGCCCAACUACAUGGUCAUGGAAUAUUGUUUAAUGUUUCACUAAAAAGGAAAUAAAUCUAUUAAAAUUUGAAAAAAAAAACAAACAGAAAAAUGUUUUCCACUAAAAAGUUUAAUUCGGACGUGGAGUCCACGGUCAUGCCACUGUGUCAUGUACUCCCACGUUCACUUCAACGACGGCCAUCAGCACCGCAGAACCUUCUCCAGUCCGUAACCCGAUCUACGUGCAGAUCCGCUUUCAUCCGGCGCGUCAACGCCUGGACGAUUUCUAGAAGAAAUCCAUCGAAACGCAAACGAAUGACCUUGUAGGUAGACGAUGUCGCCACCGUGGUGGUGGUACCACGGCGACUCUCGAAACCAUCACCACGCUGCAGUUCAUUCGCCGGCCACAUGCUCGGGAACACCAUCCGCGAGCGGUUGGUCCAUGAUAAUCAGUAGUCAAUCAGCAAACAGGUCGCCGAAGACCGAGCGCGACCCAGCUCGAGGCAGUGAUGGAGACAAAGCCGGUUCUAUUACGGGCGGCCAGCAUCCGAGGCGAGAGCAAAAAGUCGGUUGUUACCGGAACAGAAUCGCAGCAGUAGAACCACUCAAACGAGAAUGUAGUAUAGAGUUAUCUACGUGCGCAUGUAUUGCGUGUACGUACACGAAAAAAAGUGAGGUUAAAUUUUGUACCAGCCAGCAAAACAAAUGGUGUGCUAGUGUGUGUGAGAUCGGGCUUAGAUAG